AGACACCAACAACACAGAAAAUGUCCUGGAUUCGUAAAGGGGAGCUGACUCUCAUUGAGCGACUUUCUGCAAAUAUUUUAAAGCUUUGAAAGCAGUGAUCCCUGUAGCUACACGUGCUUGCUGUGGAGGGCUCUGGUGUGUUCAUCGAUCAUACCCCUGUUCUCCAGGCUGGACCCAUGCCGAAACAUGUCGCCUUCAUUAUGGAUGGAAACCGUCGAUACGCCAGGAAACUGCACGUGGAGAGACAGCAGGGGCACACGCAGGGCUUUGACAAACUGGCAGAGACGCUACGUUGGUGUUUGAAUCUGGAAAUCAGGGAGGUCACGGUCUAUGCCUUCAGUAUUGAGAAUUUCAAGCGUGCGAAGGACGAGGUAGAUGGGCUGAUGGAGCUGGCAAGGCAGAAAUUCAGCAGGCUUCUGGACGAACAAGAGGACCUGGAGAAACACGGGGUGUGUAUCCGAGUGCUGGGAGACUUGACCCUCCUUCCCCUGGAUAUCCAGAAACUGAUUGCACAAGCCGUGCUGGCAACCAAGAAUCACAACAAGUGCUUUCUGAAUGUAUGCUUUGCCUACACCUCCAGACAUGAGAUUACCAAUGCAGUGAAGGAGGCGGCCUGGGGCGUAGAGCAAGGACUGAUCAAGCCGAGUGAUGUAUCUGAGUUUCUGCUGGAUGAGUGUCUCUACACCAGCAACUCCCCUGACCCUGAUCUGCUAAUCAGAACUUCUGGGGAAGUCCGACUCAGUGACUUCCUUCUCUGGCAGACCACCUACUCGUGUUUAGUGUUUCAGUCCAUCCUGUGGCCAGAGUAUUCUUUCUGGAACCUUUGUGAAGCUAUCCUGCAAUAUCAACUGAACCACCACGCCCUACAGAAAGCCAGAGAUCUACAUGCAGAGGCCAGGGUCCUUCAGCAGCUGGAAGCAGAUCGUUGUUGUGCAGCUGAACUGUUGCAACAGACUGGGCCGGGGAAGCCACUGGACCCACUGCUCAGACAGGAGGCUGUGCAGAAAUACACUGCUGAGCGGGAGGGGAGAGUCCACAGCUUCCUAACCGCCCUGCAAGAGAAAAGAGACCGUUUCUUUACUGACUUAAACAAGGGCUCUAUAGCAUCUGCAAAGGCAUAGCCCUGAUUCAACGCAAUUGAAAUGUCCAUUUUUAUUUAACCAAGCAAUUUGACCCCUAUGGGGAAUUUGAGACAAAUGAUUUACUUGGUUGUCACGAUAGAAAACAUUUAAAAUGCUAUAAAUGUGUAUAUGUACAUAUUUUUUUUUAUGUGGAACUGGUUUUCAUUUACCGGUCGAAGUAACGGUUGUGCUGCGUCAAAACGAAUAAUGUGCCCUUUCAGGUCCAAAUUUCUAUGAAAGCAUGCAUGCUGUCCUGUUAAAAUGGUUUUCAUAAAAUAUUAUUAAUCUUCCUUCCUAUUCAGAUUAAUUAUUAUUAUUUUAAUUUUUUUUUUGCCUCAAAUCUUGAAAUUCGAAGGCUGCACCAACACCUAGCAGCUGAGGCUUCUGUCUUGAGUUUGUCGUCUGCCCCUGUACAUUUCUGUGAAGUACUGCUGUAUUUGGAUAACUUGCAGCUUUUUGGAAACCAUUUUUUCAUUUUUUCUUUUGUCAUCCCUGUAAAAUGUUGAGUGAAGAAGACAUUGAUUCACGCUUUAAACAAUAAAAAAAAAACAAUAUAAUUCUACAAGGUGGACUAAAAAGCAUUUUGUGGACAAAGGUAACUGAUUACCAUGUUGAGCAGGUGUUUGUGUGUGUGUCCCCGAGUGACAAGCAUAUAGUGGAGUCCUGACUUUACUUUGAAGUCUUGGAUUUCCUGUAGGCUGUUGAAUGUUGUCUUAAGAGAAAGCAAAAUGCUUGCUGAAGUGAAUGUUUGUGUUGGAGUCUGUGUGAGGAUUAUAAUUUAGCUGAUAUACAUAUUUCUAUAGUGUACGUUAAAACGUACUCUGCGUUAGUGAAGCGUGUGUGGCAUGUAACUUGAUUUUUUUGGCAAGCCAGCAGACUCAGAAAUAGAAUCUGGUGUUACUGGGUGGGGGACAUGGCAGCUUCUUCAGAUUGUGCUCUUUGCCCUGCACUUAUGCUUUAGGUUGCCUGUUCAUUUUGCAAAGUCUCAAUAAAAUCGCACUAUUGCGUUUUUUUGGUUAUGUACACUUUCAGCUGCCAAGGUUUUUGUUUAAUUUCACACAGAUGCAAUGCUUGCGAGCCAUGCAUUAAUAAUCUACACAAUAGCAACUUUGCUUCAUUGUAAAGGAAGGUUUAGUAAAUCCACUAUGUGAAAUGAAGGAAUGAUUUCAUUUCAUGAUAUUUAGCACCCACAUAUAUUUCACCGUUUAGACGUACCGUGGAGUAUCCUGCAUUAGCUCAAAGCCAACACUAGUCCUUGUCAUCUGUUUUUCGAGUGAUGUUUAAUACAUUUGUUAAGAAAGUGAAUGUUAUCCCAAACUUUUAGGAGUCAUAUUCCUGCAGCUUUCAAGUGCGUAAGUAAAUUAAUUCACUUUUUUUUCAUCACUUUUAAAUGAUUGCAUUUUUUAUAUUGGUAUAUUUAAAAUUAACAG